AUGUGCAAAGAAGUGGAAUCCUUCCCUGAAAGUGUGUGGCUUCCACCCAGUCUUUGUUCUCUUAGAAUCUCAGAUCUCCAAAAUCUGAAAUUGCUGGACUACUGGGGAAUUCAACACCUUACCUCUCUUAGAGAAUUGAUGAUUGGUGACUGUCCUGAGCUCCAGGCAUUACCAGAAGAAGGGCUGCCUGCCAAUCUUACCUCUUUUAAAAUAUGGGCUCUUCAGAAUCUGAAAUCUCUAGGACACAAAGGGAUUUCAACACCUCACUGUUCUUAG